AUGUCCUCCCACGAAGACGACGGCCCUUCCUCCUUUACGAGAAUCGCUCAAUUGGAGUCUCUCAACUACAAUACUCUUCUAGAUCAGCUCGCUCUCGCUUACGACAAUCCAAACAAAAUUCAAGAAGCUAAAGAUAAGCUGCUUGCUUGCAAGCAAGGUACGGACGCUCUCUAUAUCUACCCCGACGCUAAUAAGAUUAUUGCGUUCCGCAAUAGUCUGAACUCAACUAUACGGACCCGUCUGAAUAGCCAAUUGACUCUCUCGACCACGUAUACCGAAUACGUGCACGUCACUCAGCAGCUUAAACGCUCUUCCGGCUCUUCCGGUCCUUUCGGCCCGUCUUACGGAUUCCCUCGACCUUCGGCUCCCUUUCUUCAGAACCGCCCUCGCACGUCAACGGGCCCUCCUCCCGGCGACCUAAUGGACCUUUCGGCAAUCGACCGCGCUCAACAACUCGAGCAAUUGCAGCACGUCAACGAGCUCGGCGCUAUAGAGCUUAUCGACGCUCACGAGGCUGACCAAACUCAGCUGUUGAAAGACCGAUACCCUACUCUCUAG